CGUAUUCUCAGCCUCAGAUGAAUGAAGAUUCCUGCUUUUACUGCCGCCUGUUGGAGAUCUACCGCGUUGCGCGGCGCUUGCCCGUUCUUUUCUGUUCCCUCCGGGAGAGAGGAUGGGUUCUUAGAUAUCGCCCUUGGUCAGGAUUUGAGUCGUCAGGCAGUGUCAGAGAGUUUCUGCCUCUGAGCACCUCUUGUCAAUGGAAUAGUGAUCCCUGUUCGUGCCUCGCGUCUCCAGGGCCUCGACAUGGGGCAUAACCCUCUGGUCUUCCUUCUUCCGGCAGCUGCAGCUGUCACCUCCUUUGGGAAGCUUUCCCUGACAUUCCUCUGGAUGUCCAGCAAAGUGGCCGUUGGCAGCGACAUUGGGCGGGCCCGCCAGGCGGUGGAGCAGCUGCGGAUGGAGGCCGGCAUCGACCGCGUGAAGGUGUCCAAGGCGGCCACCGACCUGCUGCAGUUCUGCACGGAGCAGGCCAAGAGCGACCCCUUCCUCGUGGGCAUCCCGGCUGCCACCAACCCCUUCAAAAAGAAGAAGCCCUGCGCCAUCCUCUGACCC